CUCUUCUGGGAAUGGCCUUGUGGAGCAAAAUUUCGCCUGCGAGCUUUUGUCUCUCCAGAUAUGCGCCUCCGUUACGCUGUCCUGUGAGACAGGCUGGAAAUGGCACCGAAACUUCAUCUCCUCUGGGUUUUACACUCUUGGUGACGUCAGAGCUGCGAUGUCUGUUGAGCUGCGCAGGUCAAAAUGUGCGACCAAAAUGGAUGGCCCCAACAAAGACUGUCCAAAAAGGCAUACACUUGUUCCUUCUGCGUGUCACAGCCCUAAAUAAUUAUCCAGACACAGAAGUUUGCAUCCCGAUUCCUCGAGAUCUAGUGAGGCGUCUUGGUGUUGAGCCUCACACCAGCACCAAAGCUACAAAGUUUACUGAAGCAUAUCUGAGGAACUGCAUUCAGCAGCCAACACGCCUGGAUGUGAAGAGCAUGGUGACUCACAAGGCUGUGAUCCUGGGCUACAGACGGCCAAAGAAAGACAAAACAAAGAAAAAAAGUAAGAAAGCCAAAGGACUCAAUGCUCGACAGAAGAGGAAGAUGAAAGUUUUCCAGAUCAAGCCUGACCACCAGAGGUAUGAGCUUUUCCUGCCUUUACAUGAGCUGUGGAGACAGUACAUUAUUGACCUGUGUGGUGGACUCAAACCAACAAGCAAUCCACAGUUUGUGCAGCAGAAGCUUCUGAAGGCAGAUUUUCAUGGUGCCAUCGUUACAGUGGUGCGCUCCAAAUGUCCAUCAUAUGUGGGGACUACAGGGAUUCUCAUGCAGGAAUUCAAACAUGUGUUCAAAAUCAUCACCAAAGAAGACAAAGUCAAAGUGAUCCCAAAGAGGUACAGUGUUUUUGGUGUAGAGAUCGACGGCUUUGUUUCACACAUCUACGGAAACAAGUUUGAGCUACGAGCCAGUGAACGCUCCGUUAGGAAGUUCAAAGUGAAAGGAAGCAUGGACCUCUAAGAGCUGCUACACACUGUACUGUCAUCUGCUCCCUGCCCCUACUGGACAAUAAAGGAACUGCACAAAUGCCUAGCAUGCGGCAUAGGAACACGUAUACUGGGCACAAAACUGCUUGUGAAGAACUCUCACACAUGCCUUCCCUGUUUAAUGGUAAAUGGACUAAACUUAUAUAGCGCCGUUCCAGCCAUACUGACCACUCAAACCGCUUUAAACACAUUUACAUUCACCCAGAUGUACUCACUAACGCGCACACAUUUAUAUAGGUGAGAGAUGUGUAAUGUAAGGUGAAGUGCUCAUUGACUUGUGGCAGAAAGGAAGUUGGAAUUGAACCCACAACUUUUGGAAUGCAAGACAACUACUCCUCUCACUGAGCCACAGUUGCCUCUCCUAAUAUUGCAUUCCUCAGGCUGGCUAUUUACAGGGCAAGCUCAGAUCUGAGUAAAUACCUCAGAUGGGAUGAGUGUGUAUCGUAGUCAGAAUUGCUGCAUUACAUAUUGCUUGUGAGUGUGAUUCAGUGUGGUGGGACUGUGAUUCUUCCCAGAACCUAAACAUAAAUGAGUGAAGACCGCUUCACUGUAGGUGGGUGUAUGGUUGAAGCGCCCUGAAUAAAAACUGUUACACUAAAUGUUGCUGUUUGAAGGUUGCUGAGAUGUGUUCUGUAGAGCAUAUCACAUCUGCAGCUUUAGGCAGUUCGGACAGUUUAAAAAAUCCACACUCCUUUUGGUUUUUCAAUGGAACUCUGUAAGGUUUUUAUUGUGCUAAAUAAGACAUUAAGAGGAACCCGUAGUAAGAGAUGCAACUAAUCUUUAAGCUAUCUGAAGUAGUCCUCAGAGUAAAGUAGUGGAACGUCUUGAACAGAUGCAGAUGGUAAUCCUAUUUCACAUCGAUCUCACUUAAAGAACCAUCAUGACAAAAUAUCUCCAUAAGAUUUAAUGCAUCUGAUAUGAGAUCAGUGUUGAGUUGUGCUCUGUACUGUAGAGUUUGUGAGAAACAAAGCCUUAAACUGGCAUUUUUAGAGGCUCAGUCUUGCUUUAACCUCUGUUUAAGCUCUGGGCCAUUUUCACUUAAUUUAAUUGUUAAUUUAAUUGGGCUCCUAACAGUUUUGAAUUGUCUGGAAUUUGAUAAUUUUUCUAAGUCUGGAUAAAUAUGAAAAAUAAAAACCUAGAUUCUUAAAAUGUUUUUUUAUUGUCUAAAAGAAAAAUUUCCAAAUUAAAGGGCUUCAUACGUUG